ACGCGCUGCGGGAAGGUCGCGUCCUUGGUUGCCGGGGCACAAGAUGGCGGGCCGCAGGAUCUUCGGAAAGCUGCGGCACAAUGCGGAGCUGCCGGCCGCCCUGUAUUUACCCCCGGAGCCCCCCGCGGCCUCCCCCUCUCUGUACCCGCCAAUUGUGGCCUCCAUGACGGCCAAGAGCAAGGCGUCCAGGCGGCGGCGGAUAGAGGGCCACUACAGCCGGGUGCGCGCCCAGACAGAUGCGGCCAGCAAGCUGAAGAUGAUCUGCGGCCUGCAGCGGCUCAAGUACGUGGUGUACCCGCAGACGCUGGCGCAGAACGCGGACCGCUGGUACCAGCACUUCACCAAGACGGCGUACGUGAGGGGGCUGCCGGCGCGGAGCUGUGCCGGGCUCGGGGAGCAGGAGCUGGCCGGCCUGAAGGCGCUGCUGUGCGAGGCGCUGCUGCAGGAGCUCCACUACGCCAAGAAGGGCCGCAGCUUCCUGUACAGGGGCCACGAGGUGUCCGCGGGGCCCUUCCUGACCGGCGCCAUGAGCCUCCUCAGCAGCCAGUGCGCCCAGUACAACCCGGUGCUCGCCCGCUGCAGCCUGGAUAUCAAGCCGCAGGUUAACCUUUACUGGUUGCGUGGCGAGACCAGGGUUCCUCGUGGCCACAGAAAGGGCCGUGUGGAUCCAAUCAGGUUUCAGGUCGAUGACGUCCCCCUUGUACAAAUCAGAGUGCCUGAACCCCUUAAAGAAUUUGUUCCUUUAGACUUUGUCGUACCUGAAGAAGUUCCUGUUGUUUCUCAUGAGCCGAGCAGGUUACCGCUGUUUCAGAGACAAUAUGAGAACAACGUAUUCAUAGGUUCCAAAUUAGAUGACCCUUGCAGCUUUGGCCACACACAGUUUCACAUUGUGCCGGACAAAUUCAGCAGGGAAAGGCUACAAAAGCUGAACCGACAAGACCACAUAGAAGUAUUCCUGCGAGCUAAUGCCAUAGCAAGUCUCUUUGCUUGGACAGGAGCCCAGGCCAUGUACCAAGGCUUCUGGAGUCAGGCAGAUGUCACCAGGCCUUUUGUCUCACAGGGUGUCAUUUCUGACGGGAAGCACUUUUCAUUUUUCUGCUAUCAGCUGAACACAUUGGCCCUGGCCAUGGAUGCAGACAAAGACCCCAAUCGUAAGAACAUUUGUUGGGGCACCGAAAGUGCGCCUCUUUACGAAGUGGUGGAAAAAGAUGACAUCAAAGGGUUCAAUGAUGAUGUGUUUCGGCAGCUAGUUGACUUUUUCCUCAACUCUCCAGCAGCAUAGCUUCAUGACCUCAAAGAAUGAGCCUUCCUGAUGAAUUCACUUGUAUAUAGUCAUACAUGUCCUCAUGCACUUCAAUAAAACCUCAGAUUUUUACCAU